GAAAAAGCCCUGUCACUGAACCCCACAGAGAGGCCAGGAGACUCAGAGGGUUCCUAGCAGGACCCUCAGAUUGAAAGCCUCCUCCUGGACAGAGGGGUCUCCAGACUGUGGGACCACCACAGAGGGGUCCCUAAGACAUAGGUCAGCCCGUGAGGACAUCAGCUCCAGCCCUAAUGGCAGCGGAGCCAUGGACCGAGCUGGAGACAGCCAUCAAGACGGUGGUCACCACCUUCUUCGACUUUGCAGGGCGGGAGGGCCGGAAGGGCAGCCUCAGCAUCAAUGAGUUUAAGGAACUGGUCACUCAGCAGUUGCCUCACCUGCUCAAGGAUGUGGGCUCCUUAGAUGACAAGAUGAAGAGCUUGGAUGUGAAUCAGGAUUCAGAGCUCAAGUUCAACGAGUACUGGAGACUGAUUGGGGAGCUGGCCAAGGAGAUCAGGAAAGAGAAGGCCCUGGAGAUCCGGAAGAAGUAAAGCCUGCAGGCUGGGAUGGCGCAGGCAGGGCAGGGCAGGACCCCACUCUCCCCAUCUACAGCCUCGUCCUUGAGACACAAAUGUUUCUUAUUCCCACCCCACCUCGAUUUCUUCUCUUGCGAGUAGGGGGUGAGAAAGCUCUGCCCUGACCUGAGGGUGGGUCCAAAAAUUCUGAGCUCCUUGAGGACCACAAGUGUUAUUCAUCUUCGAAUAUUCUGCAGCAUUGAGCACCUGGUCUUGUAUAAGGUAGGUGCUCAAUAAAUUGUGGAUGAAAAAGGGGCCACGUACUAAACCUGACAAGGAGAGGCCUGCCUGGCGGGCCCUAUAAACUCAGAGACCGAGAGUAACCACACAAGAUGGUCGGAAAAUAAAAAUUCCUAACUAAAGCAGGUCAUGGCAGGUAGUCACAUCCUAGGCCUGUAGAUUCCUUGACAAAGGUCAAUCUUUGCCUUAGGUGAGCUUAUCUAUUGUCUUUUAGCAUCGAGGAUAACAGACCUUUGAAAUGUCAGAGGAACCCCCUUUUCCAGAUCACUCAGGGCAUAAUGUCCCACCAGAGCAUAGACCACAGAGCCCCUUGUUGUUAUCUUGUCCCCCAUCUCCAUGUGCUGUCAAUGUUAUUAUCUGUCCUGUACCCACAGUGUGAAAGAACUAUGUGUCCCUCCCUUUUACUUUUUAUCCAAUCCCAGAGAGCCCCCCGUUGCUUUCUCCCGCCCCCCUAAUCUACCGCCUAUGGAUUCCAUGUCACCCCCUUAGUCUCCUCCUUUGAGUCUAAUGUAUAAAAUAAGCCGCAAAACUGCCAUUCUCGGGAGCGUUUUCUCAACCCGUUGAGAUUUUGCUUUUGGG